AUGUCCAAAAUGAUGAGAUUAGAUCGCAAACCUCCACUCGCUAGGUCUCCUAUACGGCUUCGUUCUCGCCGCGCUCCUCAUUCCAGUGCAAACAUCCUCCAAACCCCACCAGGUCGUGGUUCUUUGAUGAAACCCCAAUUGCCUAAACGCGAUCAGGACAUUGAAGAAAUGGAGCUUCGUCCCGAAUACCACACAAUUUCUUGCGAGCUGAGGGCUUUGGCAAAGAUGGUGCAAGAUGAAUUUGGAAACGAUGAUAUGGGUAAUUUUAGUUUUGAACUUGCCUCUAAUUUCAAUGCUCAAAGGAGUCCACUGUUUGAAAGGGGUAGGUUUUAUGAUGAAUACUCUGCAAGGAGGAAUGAGAGGCUGAAGAGAAAGAAGGGUCAAGCAGGGGAUGAGAAAAAACCAGCGUACGAUCUUGGUGUUAGGGUCGAAUCUGCAAAACGAAGGGAGUCUAAGAAAUUCGAGAGCGUGAGAAGGACAGUCUCUUCUACGCCGAUGGCGAUGACGGAGCGGAGAGAGACUCCGAGGUAUAUGCUGAGAAGCAGUUUUAAGAAGGAAAACAAGAAGCCUUCCCCGUCUCUGAAUUUUGAAAGAUCUGUCGGUGGCGGAGAGAGGAUUGGUACGGUUAGGAAAGUUCGGAAAAACUGA